AUGGUGUCGCUGGAACCCACUCCCGAGCUGACUACAUACGGAGGAAUCAAGUUAGGAUGGAUUCAGGCAGCACCCGCAGCACAUGUAUUUGAACCAUCGUCCACAUUAAGUGUUAAAUGUUACCCCACUGUUCAAAGUAACCCCAGUUUACGGUCCAUUCUUCAGGGCGUGCUGAUCCCGUGCCUGCUGAACAUCUGGGGCGUCAUGCUCUUCCUCCGCAUCUCCUGGAUCGUGGGCCAGGCUGGCACCCUGGUCACCAUGGCGAUUAUCCUGGUCUCUGCCGUCGUGUGCGUCAUCACAACCCUCUCGCUCAGCGCCAUAUGCACGAAUGGACAACUGAAAGGAGGAGGCGUUUACUACCUAGUGUCGCGCUCCCUCGGCGCGGAGCUCGGCGCGUCUGUCGGCGUGAUCUUCGCGUUCGCCAACGCCGUCGCGGCCAGCAUGAACACCAUCGGCUUCUGCGACUCGCUCAACGAUCUCCUCAGAGCGCACGGCCUUAAGAUCGUCGACAACGGCGUCAACGACACGAGGAUCGUCGGCGCCAUCGCUCUGCUGGUUAUGUGCCUUAUAUGCGCUGUUGGGAUGGACUGGGAGACAAAAACGCAGAACUUUUUAAUCACAGUGAUCGUCUUGGCGAUCUUCAACUACGUCAUAGGGGUCGCCAAGGGACCCACGAACAACACUGAAAUCGCCCGGGGCUUCGUAGGAGUAAGCGCGGAGACGAUGAAGCAGAACUCAAUGCCAGAUUUCCGCUUGAGCGAGGGCGUCCACCACGACGUGUUCACCGUGUUCGCGAUGUACUUCCCCGCCGUCACCGGCGUGCAGGCCGGCGCUAACAUUUGUGGCGACUUGAGGGAUCCCGCCUCCGCCAUCCCAAAAGGCACGUUACUGGCGCUAUUAAUCUCCAUGUCUUCGUACGCGCUAAUCGCAUUGCUCUGCGGCGCGGGCGCCCUACGCGACGCCAGUGGUGACGUCAUGAACCUCACUCAUGCCGCGUUGUCCGCCUGUGCACCUAAGUGCGAUUAUGGCCUGCACCAAGACUAUCAAGUAAUGCAACUAAUGUCCUGGUGGGCCCCCCUGAUCUACGGCGGCUGCUGGGCGGCGACGCUGUCCACCGCGCUGACCAACCUGCUGUCAGUCCCGCGGCUGAUCCAGGCGCUGGGCGUGGACCGCAUCUACCCUGGCCUCAUCUUCUUCUCGAAGCCCUAUGGCAAGCACGGCGAGCCCUAUCGAGGAUACGUGCUCACCUUCUUUGUGUCACUGCUGUUUUUGCUCAUCGCCGACCUGAACACCAUCGCGCCGCUGAUCUCCAACUUCUACCUGGCCUCGUACGCGCUCAUCAACUUCUGUACCUUCCACGCGGCCUUCGUUCACCACAUCAGCUGGCGGCCUACUUUUCGGUUUUACAACAUGUGGGUGUCGCUGAUGGGCACGGUGCUGUGCUGCGCCAUCAUGGUGCUGCUGAGCUGGUCCAUGGCCAUGAUCACGGUGCUCGUUUUCCUCGUGCUCUACCUGAUCGUGCACUACAGGAGACCAGACGCAGACUGGGGCAGCAGCACGGAGGCGCAGCGCUACAAUGAGGUGGUGCAGUCGCUUCUGGAAAUUAACCAAAAACACAGGCAAUCGUACAACCCACAAGUCCUGGUGCUAUCUGGGCCGGCGGGGCGACGGCCGGCGUUGAUGCAAGUGGCCGGCCUCAUCACCAGCGGUACUUUCAGCCUGCUGGCUGAGAUACACGAGUACAAGAUAUCCUCGGCGGAUCGUGAAGCACGCAUCGCAUCAUCCUACCGAUGGCUACGCUCAAUGAAGAUACGCGGGUUCGUCACGCUGGUGGACGGCAGCAAGCUCGACGCCGGAGUCCGAGCGCUGCUGCAGGCCUCGGGGCUUGGCGGCCUCGUGCCCAACAUUGUGCUGCUCGGGUAUAAGUACGACUGGGCGCAGGCAAGCAACACGGAGGUCUAUGUCAGGGUUGUACGGCUAGCCUUCGAGCAUAAGCUUGGUGUGACGAUCCUCCGCACAGCGGCCGAGUACCGCGCCAGCGACAGCGUGCAGGUUCCACCCACCAGUUCAACGUCUCUUACGCGGCUCAGCAUGAGGGAGAUCCAGCAGCUCAUGUACCAGGACUCGGACUUCUCCUUCGUCGAUACAUUGCCGCUAACAGAUGAAACAAUUUCAGUGAGAAGAGAAUCGACACAUGGUAAGGAUCUGAAGGCCCCAAGCGACUCAUUCAAGAUCGUUGAAGCAGAGAGUAACACGGGUCUGUCUGCUUCCGGACCCUAUAAACCCAUGCAACUUCAACACGGAACGUUGGACGCGUGGUGGCUAUACGACGACGGAGGGCUGAACAUCCUGCUGCCGUACAUCAUGGCGACCCGCGGGGCGCACGCGCCGGUCCAACUGCGUAUCCUCGCGCUCGCUCGCCACACCCGCGACAGGGCCGACGCCGAGAACCAGUUGAAGAGUCUCCUGGCGAAGUUCCGCAUCAGCUACGCGUCGCUGACUCUUCUGAGCGGCGUGGGCGACACGCCGGCGCCCGCCACCUGGGACCUGUUCCACUCGCUCAUACACAGACACGCGCCAAGUAGAGACUGUUUGGUAAGCGAGGCUGAUUUGACACGAUGGGAAGCAAAAACGAGCCGACAGCUGCGCCUGCGCGAACUGCUGCUCGAGAACUCGGGCAAGUCCACCUUCGUCGUUAUGAAUCUGCCCGUGCCUAGGGAAGGCCUACCGGCGUCGUUGUACAUGGCGUGGCUGGAUAUGCUGAGCCGGGACAUGCCGCCGAUGCUGUUCGUGCGAGGCAACCAUCAGCCAGUACUCGCGCAUGAAGCCUAGACAAUCAAUCCAAC